AGAACCCUUUUGAUUUAUCAGCUUGCUCCACUCAUCUUCUCUCUCCUUCCCCAACGAAAUAUUCUCAAAGGUUCCACAGACAGAACCAGAAUCAAUUGAUUUCAGCAGACCUAAAGCAAGAAGCUUGUACAAGGGAUAAUCAGGAACACCUCCAAAUCGGUGUAGCAAGGAAGACGAUUCGAUUCGUUCACCGUCGAGAAGAAUUGAUUCGCCGCAAAGAAGGCCAAAGCAGAAAUCAUCGUUUGUCAACACCGUAUGAAAGACUUGGUUUCCAAGGCAGUGAGUCGAAUAGAGCAACCGUUUUGGAUUGACAAUACACGUGGAAAGAAAUAUGUGACUAGUGGGACACAGAAAAAGCCAUAGCAAAGAGUGCAACCACAUCAGCAGCUCGAAUGUCUGACCGUAAUGGUCUUGGUCCUCAUAAGCACGUAUCGGGGCCGAAGUCUUACACAUACAAGUCAAACAAGAGAUGGACUCAUAGCAAAAAAGAUGGGACUUUUGUCGAUAGGAAAGCGCAUGAAGUUCAUGAGGCAUUUAAGAAGAACAAGGCAACUAAGUUGGCUGCCUUUAAGAAUGAUGAGUCGUCCGACGGUACUUCUCAUCGAUCAGAGCUAUCCCAAGAGGAGGAUGACGAGAUCUUUCUUCAACUACUAUCACAAAAGACAGAGAAGAAAUAUUUGGAGUUGGAAGCCUAGGGAGUAACAUCAACGAGAAGCGGAAGUACCCGGGAAGCUCUUCUUCUUUCAAAAGCUUGCAAACACAGCUUGAGGAAGCUACCCGCAAAAUAAAGAAACAAGCAGAGC